UUCUAAUCUGAUACCAAACAUAAAAAAAAGCCUUCCCCACUAUUCUCGCGCCCUCGCACUCUUCUCGUACAAGACAGCGCCGCAUCUCCGAAGACCGCCGCGACCCGCCGCACCGCCGACGAGAGCCGCAGCCCGCUGCCUCCACCGGCCCGACGCAGCCCGGGUGUGUCAUCGUUUUGUCUCGCCGUCGCGCCGUCCUAUGGUUGGACUUACUGCCGUAUCACCCCACUGAAUUACCCGCCCUUCUCGUCGGCCCCACGCAGCCCAGGUGUGCCAACACUGUAAUACGACCCGGCCCUCCAAAUUCGUCGUAGAAGUAGAGGAAAAAAUGGGUCGACCCGAACCUUGUGUGCUAUUCGCUCAGACCUUUGCCCACCCUCAACUUGAUGAAUACGUUGACGAGGUUCUGUCUUGAUAUCUGUUUCACUUAAUUUUUAGUUGAGGUCUUAAUUUUGGGUUGCAUUUUGACCCUGGCUUACUUAAUUAUGUAUGAAUUUCACGUGGUUGCUGUUUUAACGAUAUUUAUAUGUACAUUUGUUUAGUUUGCAAUAGAUAUAUACGAAUUGUACUGUAAUGGUUGCUGCUCAUAAAUUCCAAGAUCCAUUGGGCAUGCUUGUUUUGACAUUAUGUAUGUUUUUGGGAAAUGAUAGGAUUCCAAAUCUUAACAGGUUGUGUAAUUUGAAAAUACUAAAAACCACUAAAUUUAGUCACAAUACCAAUGAGAUCACCUUUACCAUUAAUAAUACUACGUAAAAGGAAUUAUGAGUUAAGAAAUCAAAGCAACACACAAUUGAAGUAUUUUAGUUUCAUAUAAUUUAUCAGGAUUACAUUCAGUAGUCUUUAUUUUAUACUUAGCUAUGUGUAUUUGGUUCAGGUAUUGUUUUCAGAGCCAGUUGUCAUAUCUUCCUGUGAGUUUCUUGAACAGAGUGCUUCAUCUGUGUGUUCAGACGUGCAAAUUGUCGGAGCAACUUUACCUCCUUCAUUUGCCAUGGAGGUUUUUGUUCAAUGUGAAAAGGAGACAAAAUUUAGACGAUUAUGUCAGCCAUUUUUGUAUUCACAUUCUUCCUCAAAUGCUCUUGAAAUUGAGGCUGUAGUCACCAACCAUUUGGUCAUUAGAGGCAGCUAUCGCAGCCUGAGUUUGGUCAUAUAUGGUAAUACUGCAGAAGAUCUUGGCCAAUUCAAUAUAGAAGUUGACCUGGAUAACUCUUUAGCGAAUACUGUUAGUUCUGUGGAAGGAAACCUUGAAGACCUUCCUCCUGCUCUGCCUCCUACUAAUGUGAUUUUUCAGGAAAACUUAUCACCUUUAAAGUCAUUGUCUCUAAGAGCUCCUCAUCUUGAUAUUUCUAUAGAGAUCAAGCAGGUCUUACAACUUACGCUUAAAAUUUUGGGCUUUCAAAAUGCUGGACAUAUAACUAAUAGACUUGUUAGGCCUAUUUUAUCUGUUGCAUCAGUGUACACAACUUCUUGCCUGCAUUCUAUGACUACCAUCCACAAGCAACUUGGACUAGAUACGCUGAUAUGUGAUGACAAGGUUCAUAAUGUCCUUGGUGAAGCCAGAAAGGAACUGCUUGAGAUGUAUAAAGAACUUAAUUAUCAAGAAAUGAAAGAACUAUCUGAAUUUUCAACUGAAAGUGUGUCUACAGCACUAGAAGCAGAUAGUGGUAGUACCAAACAGCUUGUUGAUGCUUUGAUCCAGUACUUCAAAUCUCAUCAUGGCAUUUGCAGUGAGGGAAAUUCUGGGUUUUUAAAGAAGGAGAGUACAAUUAUUCGGCUUGCAGUAGCACUUAUCUUGUGUACGGCUAGAGAGAGCUGCUUUCACUUUGUUUACUAUGGUGGAAUGGAGCAACUUGGAUAUGUUUACGUGCAUAAUUCAACUGCUCUGAAGCUAAUGCUUCUUGGAGUCAUUGAGAGAGCUACUCAGCAUUCAGUUGGUUGUGAAGGUUUCCUCGGCUGGUGGCCCCGUAAAGAUGAGAGUAUCCCUUCUGGUUUCAGUGAUGGAUAUAAUAACAUAUUGAAGUUAUUAAUGAAGUGUCAGCGGCAUGAUGUUGCCUUGCUGUCGACUUAUAUACUUCAUCGUAUGCGCUUCUAUGAAGCAGCUUCCCGAUAUGAGCAUGCAGUUUUAUCUAUACUGGAAGGUCACUAUUCUGUGGAAAGUUCUGCUCAGGGUAACACAGUGUCCAUGCUUGCCAAUGCUAAACUCCAACUAAAAAGGAUCCUGAAAUUAUUAAAUUCCCGUGGCCCCAUUGAAGAUCCUUCUCCCGUUGCUUGUGCAAGUAAAUCUUUGCUUCUUGGUGAUGCUGGACAGUUCUCGUAUGAAUCUACAAGUGGCUUGAUUUCGCUGUCCAAUUGUUGUCACCCUAGCAAGGAUGUUGACAUGCAUCUGCUUUCUCUUUUGAAGGAGAAAGGUUUCCUUCCUUUGUCUGCUGCAUUAUUAUCAUAUUCUGCUCUACGAUGUGUUAAAGGUGGCAUGCUGGAUUAUUAUGUGGAUAUUGUGUCGUAUUUAGAGGCCAUAGUUCUCACACUUCUCUCUUGUCGUUCAGGGCUAGUUUUCCUUUCUUGUAAUCCCGAGCAGUCUACCACAUUUAUUCACGCCUUGAGGGGUACUGAUAAUUGGAAGAAGGAAGAGCCUGUUUCUCUUCGCUAUGCCUCUGCCUUGAUUUCCAAGGGUUUCUUUUUUCACCCACACAAAAUUGCAAUGAUAAUGGAGAUGCACUUGAAGGCGGUUAAUGCUGUUGACCUUUUAGUUACAUCGAAUCUACACUCCGAGGAUUUCUUAUGGAUCCUAUGGAAGCUUUGUGGCCAUUCCCGCUCUGAUGGAGGGAUUGAAGCUUUGCUGACUGUGGUGCAUUUUCCCGAGGCUGUUGCAGCAUUAAUAGCAACAUUGCACUCUGCAAAGGAUUUGGAUCCAAGCUCCUUAAAUGCUGCUGCCUCACCGUUAAAUCAUGCAAUCUUUCACUCUGCUGCUGAAAUUUUCGAAAUUAUUGUUUCUGAUUCAACUCCGUCCUCUCUGUCAUCUUGGAUUGAGCAUGUGAAGGAGCUGCAUAGACUCUUACUUUCUACCUCUGCUGGCUCUAACAAAAAAGAUGCUCCAGCCCGACUGCUGGACUGGAUUGAUGCUGGCGUAGUUUAUCACAGAAGUGGCACUAUUGGUCUUCUACGGUACACUGCUGUGUUGGCUUCUGGAGGAGAUGCUCAUAUGACCUCAACAAGUGUUUUAGCAUCUGAUUUGAUGGACAUUGAUAAUUUCAUUGGUGAUUCUUCUAAUACUUUUGAGAGUAAUGUGAUUGACAGUAUUCUUGGGAAACACAUCACUGAAAAAGAUUUUCCUGGGGUUAUUCUUCGUGACUCUUCCGUUGUUCAGUUGACAACUGCAUUCCGAAUUUUGGCAUUCCUUUCAGAUAAUCCGACUGUUGCUGCUGCACUUUAUGAUGAGGGUGCUGUGAUGGUUAUACAUGCAGUUUUGAUAAACUGUAGACUCUUGCUCGAGAGAUCAUCUAAUGUCUAUGAUUACCUAGUUGAUGAGGGUACAGAAUGCAAUUCGACUUCGGACAUAUUGCUUGAGCGUAAUCGUGAACAGAGCCUAUUAGAUCUUCUCAUUCCUUCUAUGGUGCUGCUGAUCAAUCUUUUACAGAAGUUACAGGAAGCAAAAGAGCAGCACAGAAAUACAAAACUGAUAAGUUCUCUUGUACAGUUGCAUAGAGAAGUAAGUCCAAAGCUAGCUGCAUGCGGAUCAGAUCUAUCUUACUCAUGCCCUAAAAUGGCCCUUAGUCUUGGAACUGUUUGUCAUCUUCUUGUGUCAGCAUUGGCCUGCUGGUCCAUUUAUGGAUGGACUCCUGGGCUUUUUCAUUACCUCCUUGACAAUCUUAAUGCAACUUCAGUUGUAGCACUUGGUCCAAAGGAAACCUGUAGCCUUCUGUUCCUUCUGAAUGAUCUGUUUCCAGAUGAAUGUUCCUGGCUUUGGAAAGAUGGGAUGCCUAUGUUGGCUACUCAUAGAACAGUGGCUGUAAGGACACUGUUAGGGCCUAAGAAGGAAGAGAAAGUUAAUUGGUUUUUACAGCCUGGACACAGUGAGAAACUGCUUGCCCAAUUGACACCACAACUUGGCAAAGUCUCUCAGAUUAUUCUGCAUUGCAGUGUCAGUACAUUGAUCGUAGUUCAAGACUUGUUGCGAGUCUUCAUCACUCGCAUCACAAACUUAAGUGCUGAUUAUGGUGCAGUGCUAGUACGACCUAUAAUAGUGAAGGUUCAUGGUCAUCUUUCUGACAUUUCAUCACUGUCAGAAGUAGAUGCCUACAAGGUGCACCACAUGCUGCUUUUCAUCUCUCUUCUGUUAGAGCAUCCACAUGCUAAGAACAUUAUUUUGAAGGCUGGUGCUGCUGAUAUGCUAAGUAAAGUGCUUCAGAAGUGUUUAGAUGCUGCCAACAUAGACCACCAAGUGUUCCUACAGAACAGAAAUGUUACCGGCAAUUUGGCGUCAAUAUUGAGUUGGUGCACACCAGCUUUUAAGUCAAUCUCACUAAUAUCUGAUCCUGGAAAAAAUAGACACAAAAAUUCACUGCCUGAGAGACACAUCCCUGAAGCUUUCACAGAUGAGGAAUGUACCUUGAUCCUUGCACAACUUUUAACAUUCUUCAAAAUCCUGCCAGUGGAAACAGAAUUACUCACCUGCCUUUCAGCCUUUAAGGAAAUGGGUUGUUCAACGCAGGGAAAAAGUUCUUUGCAUUCUAUUUUUCUGCAUAUUCAGUCCACUGAUGAAGAUUAUGAAACUGAGAGAUGGUCCGAAGAUGUUCAUUACAUCAUGAAGAAAUUUGACUGGAAAGAUUAUCCUCCUUUGGCAUAUUGCUGGCGUUUUUUGUUAAAUUCAAUUGCUUCACAGAAUAUUCCUCUGGUAUAUGCUGUUGAAGCUAUUGGGACGUUAUCUUUGGCUUCUCUGCACUUUUUCAUGGAUGCAGACAGUGCGAUCUUGGAGAGGGGUAUUGCAAUCAGGUAUCUUUUUGGGUUUAAGGAUGAAGACAGUGGCCCACCUGAUGUUUUUGAAGAGAGCAUGAGAUCUUUAGAUAACUUUACAAGUUUAUUCGGAUCAAUCGGCAAUGAUUAUAUGGAAUCGGUGGGUUGGGACAUGGCUUAUCUGGAUCAUGUCAAGGAAUCAGCAAAGUUACUAAUGCUUUUGUUGCACGAGCCUUCUAGCGCAGUUAAGCCAGAUGAAAUUGCCAGCUUCCUCUCCAUUUCCCCAAUUGAACCUCCUACAGUUUCUUCUAAGAUUCAUAGACUAGUAGAUAGAAGAGCUGAAAGGAUUAAGGGUGAUAGCUUCGUGGAUGAGCUUGGAGAAAAUUUCUUGUGGGAGUGUCCUGAAAAUUUACGCGAAAGGUUGACACAAAUUGGUCUUGCGAGUAAAAGAAGAGGCUCUUCAAUGGAGCUGGGAUCAAACAGGCGUGGUAGGGGUGACCCUUCUUUCUCAGUUGCUGAGAUUGCACCACCACUGCCACGGGUGUCCGUACCACCUGCCGUCAUUUCCGGUCCCUCCCGACGUGACACCUUUCGGCAGCGAAAGCCUAACACCAGCAGACCUCCCUCCAUGCACGUUGAUGACUACGUUGCGAGGGAAAGAAAUGCUGAUGGGUCCUCAAAUUCAAAUGUCAUUACGUUACCAAGGACAGGAUCUUCCAGUGGACGACCACCAUCUAUUCACGUAGAUGAAUUCAUUGCCCGUGAAAAGGGACGCCAUAUUAGCAUGAUGGUUCCACCACCUAUCACUGAAGAGAAAGUGAGGCCGGUUCAUAAUAAACCGGAUAUGGAGAAAUCGCCGAUGUCUUGCCAGAUAAAACCUGACCUAGAUGAUGAUCUUCAGGGGAUAGAUAUUGUUUUUGAUGCAGAGGAGUCUCAAGAACCCGAUGAUGACGAUAAGCUGCCCUUUCCUCACCCUGAUGAUCAUCUUCAACAUAAUUCUACUCCUCGCUCAAUUGUUGAAGAGACAACGAGUGAGGAUACUAGACAGUCGUCUCGUGUGGUAUCCAACACAGAGGAAAACACACAGGGCGAGUCCUCUUCACGGAUUUCAGUUUCUCGUCCUGAGAUGGGAUUGACCCGGGAACAGAGUGUUUCUUCAGAGAGGAAGUUUACUGACCAGUCUGAGAAACCUAGGAGUUCCUCAGUUAAGACUUCCAGCAAGGUUUCUGUUGAUUCUCCCUCACCAACCAAAAUAUUUUCGGUAACUGAGCUAAAACAAAAUUCUGCGGCGGUUCCCCAUGAAUCUAAUGGUCAUAAAUCAAUACUGCCUCAGGCAAAUUUACCUUCUAUGCUACCUCUGGCAACUGCCUCACCUAUAACUGUUCAACCAGACUACAAGUCUAUGCGGACUGUUACUUCUGCUUCUCUGACUUCCAAUCUUGUGCCUGAUCCCAAUUAUUCUAGGACAUCACUUUCUUCAUCUACGCGACCAUUCCCACCACUUCCACCUACACCGCCUCCUUUUGCAGUUAAUUCCGCUACCUUUUCAUCGUUAAAACCUUCCACUUCACAAUGUACCAUAUACAAUCAGAAUGUCUUAGGUACAAAUGAGGCUCAGCAGGCUGACCUUUCAACUCCAGGACCCUCACUAACACCAUUCUCACCCCCUCCUUUAGUGUCUCAUUUGAUGUUCAGUAGACCUUAUGGAAGUAAUAACUCGGCCUCUCCACAUCAGCAUGCGGACAACUCUCACUCUAUUAGUCAGUUGCAUCCAUUACAGGUCCCUCAGAUGCCACGUCAUCCUCCAUCGCAGCAUCUCAGACCAUUCGUUCAGAUGCAAAUGCAGCAGCCGUUGCAGAUGAUGUUGCAGCAGCAACCCCAACACUCUCAAGCUCCUCCCCCUCCCCCUCCUAUUUAUUACAAUAAUUAUACUCAACAACAACAGCAGAGUACUUCCCAUUCAUUACCACAACAGCAACAACAGCUUGAUCAUCUCCUGCCACAAGGUUCUCGUCAGCAUGGCAAUGGUGGGUCCCAGCAACAAGAUAAUGAGAUGUCUUUACAAGAUUUCUUUAAAUCUCCAGAAGCUAUUCAGUCUUUAUUAAGUGACCGGGGUAAACUGUGCCAGCUGCUUGUGCAACAUCCAAAAUUGAUGCAGAUGCUUCAGGACAGGUUAGGGCAAUUAUGACGAUAUCAAAUCUGAUUGGUGUUAUAUUUGCUUAUAUUUAAAAAAAUGCUACAGCAGCAGCAGCCUGCAAGUUAGACCAAGGGCAAACAUAAGUUGUGUACCAUGAUUGUUGUAUUAGUAUCAUGUACAUCAACUUAUGUAUCGUACUAUUGUCUGAACUGAUUGUAAAUUUAUAUAUGUAGAACUCAAUGUAAGUUUAUCAUCGUCUCCACAAGCUAAACAUCUCUCCAAGUUUUUUUGC